AUGGAGAAUGAAAUUGGGCUUUUGAUCGAGGGUGAGGGUGAAGCAAAAGCUCAAUUCGCUUGGAAAGUAGAUCUUCGCUUAUUUUCGGCUGCUCUUGUCUCUGUCCCGGCAUAUGGGCAGCUAGUAGUUUGA